AUGCCCCCAAUCCCCAAGCAUCACCUAGUUGAGAGAUUUGUGCGGUGCGGUAACCACACGGCGCGAUCACUGUGUUCAACCUUAGAACUCCUCCCCUUUUCUACCUUCCAGUUCCGGCAUACCGUUAUUCGGAUUGCUUUAGAUGAAGAUGAGGAUUAA